AAGGAUUCUAAAACGUAAAUCCUGACAAUUUUAUAGUCAAGGAGAGUGAGUUUUCCAUUUAGGUAUUGCUUUGUGUUCGCAAUAACUGCAGUGUUUUCUGUAUAAUUUUUGAUUGACAGUGUGUUUAUACUGCCUUAGCAGCUGAUUGGCGUUGUGACUCCAAAACAUAAAGAAACGCAUCAAAAGCUUUAUGUGGUACAGUGUUAUAAUUAGUUGAAUGAGAUUUUAUACGGAUGGAGAAAGUAAUUAUCUGGUACGGGAUAAACUUUGCGUUUGUUUGUUGAUAAUUGCUGUUUGGUAAAAGCUAUGGAUGUUGAAAUAGAAUCCGACCAGAAUACCUCUGGAUCAUCGAAUAUAUUCGAAGAAGAUGUGCGGCGUGUAUUGGCUGCGAUCCGGGAAUCACCAGAUUUAGAUUCAAACACUGAAGAAGGCGAUCAACGUGCGGUGUAUGAGCCAGCGUAUUCGGGUUCCGAACCACCUGUAGAUUUAGAUCAAGAUGAUGCUGCCUUAGUAUUUGAACAGCCAACAAUUAAUAUGGAAAUUGAUCUGCGACGGAUUCAGCAACCAGGGUUUCUUUCUCCAGUCAUUAUACUGAAUAACAAUUUACUGGUAGAUCCAGUUCCGGAAGCGCAGGCCACUGUUGAAGUUGUCGAUGAAGAUCAUGGCGGCGGAAGUGAUGGAGGUGACGGUAGGGACGAAGGUGACCGUGUAAGCACACCAACGGCAAUGAUGGCUGCCACAAUGGAAGGACCGAUAGUUCUGAUCGAGGAUACGCUGCGAGCAGAGCUCAGACAGGAUGGCUUAGCUGGACCAUCCGCAGGACGUAUUGUUGGUGACUCCCCGAGGAACAGAAAACGACGACGUACUAACACUCCCUCGAAGGCAACACCACCUCCAGCCAGUGUACCUGCUGCGCAGUAUGAUGACGAUGACGACGGAACCAUUUGCUCGAUUUGCCUGGACAGUUGGACCCUGACCGGGGAGCAUCGACUGGUGUCGCUGAAGUGUGGACACCUGUUCGGGUAUAUGUGUAUAAAGCGUUGGUUGCACGACAACCCAAUGCAAAGUCGUAGCUGCGCAACUUGUAAAACUAAAGCCCAUCUGCGCGAUAUUAGACAUCUCUACGCAAAAGCAGUAAAAGCAGUCGACAAUUCAGAGGAACUUCGGUUGAAACAGCAGGUUGACGAAGAAAAGCUCAAGGUGAGUAAGUUGGCUGGUGAACUGCAGGUAGCGCGGAUGGAGUUAGAGGUUCAACGAACCGUGGCUAGUGAGCUAAGGGCUAAAUUGAAGCUUUAUGAACAACGAGGCUUCGGAGACUACCGCGCUAAUGAUGCUUCUUUGAUGGGGGAAAUUGCGAAUAUCAAUAAGUCGUUUCGAAACUAUAAGAUGGCGUUGGAUAAAACCAUAGAUUUAUGUCGAGAUCCUGGUUGUCGCGUAAUGGUUUACGGUACUAAACGACAGCACCUAUUAGUUUCUCAAAAAUCUACUCAAAACCUUUUCCCGGGAUACUCGAUAAAAUUUAUCGACAUACCAGCAUUUCAGUAUUCGUCGGUAUUGCACGUCUCUAGCAGAAUGAUCCGCGAUAUUAGUAUAGACGUUGAAGACGAAUUGUUUACAGCAGCUACCAGCGAACGGUGGGUGAAGCUGUUUUCAUUCAAUAAUCGAUCUGUAAUUACCUUCACUCCUUCUGAUGCGAACGUGUGGUCAUGUGCCUUCGAUCGUGAACGGAGUAAGUUCCUGUACCUAGGCACACAAUCAGGAAUGGUGUACGUAUACGAUAUUCGUAACAAUAACCAAUAUGUAGAAGAGUUUCGCACCGAAGGCGACUGCUCCCCAAUCAUCAAUAUCUGUCCUGUUUCACCAACAAGUUCAAUUCCGUUUGGAGGAUUUCUUGUAUGUAAAUUGACGUCUUGUUGGUUCUUUGAAUAUACAGCUGCUCAGCGGGUUGAAUCUGUCCGUUUGAACGUAGACGGUCCGUUCACCGCCAUGAAUUACUGUGAAAAGACUGGUUACAUAAUGAUAACAACACGCCCUAGCAGUCGUCAUCAGAGGGCUCGCUACAUUAUCGCUAGCCUUGUGAAACUGGAAUCCAUUUGCGCUUUGCAUAUUGUUCAAGUUAUUACAGGAUCGGUUGUAGAGCCGAACAUGAUCCGCAGUGCUCAGGUGAGCUUGGAGGAAAACAACACACUUGUAGCUGCCUAUCUGCAGGACGACCGCCAACUAGCUACAUGGAGUACAGUCUCUGGCAAAGGAAAUCGCCUUCAGACUUUGCCCGUUUCCGAUGUGCUUUGGGAUCUGUGUCCAAUCUAUGCGUGCAACCAGACCUUCCUAGCGGCACUCAGCGAUAGCAAGUGUCGUAUCUACAGGGCUUACUCCGAGUAGCACAUAGUACAAGUGUUCGAAUGUUUUCCUUUUGCGUUUUUGUGCGCGAUGCAAAAUUUUGAGCUAGCAAGUAGAUUCUAAAACCUUUUCCGUUUCGUUUGUCCAAAUAUGUAAUUUCCAAAGGUAUCAUAACGAAAAGACAUGUUACUAGGUUAGUUGAGUGAGUACGUAUUUUUUUAACUACAGCCUUCGUACAAAUAAAGCCAUACGGACAUGAUUUUAAGUAUACUGAUUACAGAUGACUGCCGGUUGAGGAAAAAAACAGAACAAUGUAACACUCUGAAUUUCAAUACGACAUCAUGUCGUAGUUGUUUGCUCAUUUUUUCUAUUAAUGUUACAAUCACUUAUCGUUAGAAUCUUUUUGCGUUGUAGGCAUCUGACAAUCUAGCAUCUGUAAUUAACAUUACAGUUUCAUAGUUACAAAGCUCUAUUUCAGGCGAUAAAGGAGUAGGGUUCCUUACCAUAAUAGUCGAAAAUGUAAUAAUAAG